UUUCCUUUCAAGUCUUUUUUUAAAGAAUAGUGCCCUCAGUCAUAUAGGUGGAAAGGCUGCUAAACUAAGUAUUAAACUAAGUAUUUUAGAUCUCCUCAGACUCACUGAUGCUUCCAGAAAUUUUAAAAGGGGGAUUGCAAGCCUCAGAGCCUGAGCAACAGCAAUUUGAGUCUGUAAAUGAACUGCUUUUAACAUGACUAGAGAUAAAUGAAUAACGUCCUUCAUGGCCAGGUGCCUGUUAUGAUGAAGCCAGUUUCGUUUUCAGCAUCAUUCAAUAGCUGCUAGGUUUUAGCUAUGCUAUGUAGCUAGGCUGCAUGUAGCUGGUCGUGAAAAUGUGAGUCGUUUGGCAGCAGCUGCAUUUUGUUUGCUCUGAGAGCGCAAUUUAUUUGAUAAUAUUGUUUACCGAAAAUCUGCAAUUUCUUUAAAUACGGCAGUUCAGUAAAACGUAAAGAAAGCAUUCAAAGUGAGGAAGGACGUUCCGUUUGGGAACACACGGUCACAUGACACGCUGCGUCACACGUAAACCCGGGUGAAGAUGGCAGCCGCCGGGGGAGAACCGGGAGAGCCCUCCUCUCAAAAUGUGUCGGAUGAAUUAUUUCAAAACUUUUACACGGAGGUAAAGCAGAUUGAGAAGAGAGACUCUGUGUUAACUUCUAAACAACAGAUUGACAGGCUGCUCAGACCUGGAUCUUCCUACUUUAAUCUCAACCCUUUUGAGGUGUUGCAGAUCGAUCCAGAAGCAACAGAUGAUGAACUGAAGAAAAGAUUUCGUGCACUGUCCAUUUUAGUCCAUCCAGACAAAAAUCAGGAUGAUCCUGACCGAGCACAGAAGGCUUUUGAAGUUGUGGAUAAAUCAUACAAACUGCUUUUGGAGCCAGAGCAGAAGAAACGAGCUGUUGAUGUGAUUCAAGCAGGAAAAGAGUAUGUCGAACAUAUGGUAAAGCAGAAAAAAAAACAACUGAAAAAGGAUGGGAAGUCACAGGAUGUGGAGGAGGAUGACCCUGAAGUGUUCAGACAAGCCGUAUACAAACAGACCAUGAAGCUUUUUGCAGAGCUGGAAAUCAAGAGGAAGGAAAGGGAAGCAAAGGACAUGCAUGAAAGAAAAAGGGCAAGAGAAGAAGAAAUUGAGACUGCUGAGAAGGCUAAGCGGGACAGAGAAUGGCAGAAAAAUUUUGAGGAAUCGAGAGAUGGGCGGGUGGACAGUUGGAGAACCUUCCAGUCUAAAGGGAAGAGCAAAGAGAAAAAGAGCAGGUCAUUUCUCAAGCCCCCUAAAGUUAAGAUGGAACAGCGGGAGUGACGGUGGAAGACUGAGUUGUAGAAGAAAAUGAAUCUUGUUAAAGUAAAAAUGCAUCUUCUGUGUAUUGUCACCUUGUGUUCUGUAGUCCCAUGUGUAACUUUCACCUGGAUACAAGUACGGCAAGUUACUUCUGACAAACUGUUGUUUUGUACUUCAUUUUCUAAUGUACAUAUUUGUGAGUUGAAGCCAGCGGUCAUACCUCUGUUGUGUAAGGAGUUGAUGCAUCUUCACUGAUGAGAAAUGAGUGUAUUUGCUUUUCUUUAACUUAAUAAAGCUUGGUCUUUACCAGUUUAGUUUGCCACGA